AAGGACGACCUUUUUUUUGGCCGAAUGAAAUUUGAAAACAGUUGUUCAUUAUAAUACUUAAAAACUUGAAUUUGAAAUUUUUUGAUGGGUGUACCGGUGUUACGAUAAUUGUUCCGAAAACACGAUAAUUUCACGGCACUGUGUCGAUCAGGGGAAAAUGUAAUGGUUAUAUCACACAGUACUAUGGUAUAAACAGGAAACUAAGAUUAAUCGCCCUGGGUUAUAUCCUCUUUGCAGACGGGUAAAAACAAAGUGUAUAUUAAUAAAAUACGGGGUAAAAAUUUCUGGUAGCACUACCACCACAGAGUACUAUGAUAUAAACAGGACUAUCACCACAAGAAUUCCUGCAAUAUUCCUGAAUUUCCUGAAAAAUACAAGUAAUUUUAAAUAUUCAGAUUGCAAACAUAAAUUAACAAAUCUGUUGAUUACGAGUAAUAUUUGACAAAAGUUUAAAAUUUAUAAAAAUGCGUUUCUUGGAAAACUUUGAUCCCGAAACAUCAGCUCGCGAACGGCGAAAAUUAAAUCGAAAGAGUUAUUUUAUGAAUCGUAAUAUAAAGAAAAUUUAUAAUGAACGUGGACAACUAGCUGCAACUGGUAAGGAUCUUUGUGAUUGCUUAGACGAAGCGUGUCCUGGAUGUCAUUUCCCUUGUCCAAAAUGUAGCUCUAACAAAUGUGGACAUGAGUGCAGAGUCAACAGAAAGUGGAUGUAUGAGAAAAUUGAAAUAGAAGGGAAUGACUUUGUCAUAAAAAAUGUAUAUAGGAAAAAAUAAUAACAAAUUUCAUAUAAUGAGUCAAUCAUUAGCUAAUAACUUAAAAAAAUAUUCGACUUCAAGCUGCCCGUCUUCUGCCAGAUCUGUACAAUGGACAGCAUUAUGGACUAUAUUUUUACCAUAUAGGGCUCUGAUGGAAUCUGGAUACAAUUGACGACUAAGUUCCUGUUAAUAAAUAAAAAUGACUUAAUUUAUUUUCAACACAUUUAAUAAAAAAAUCCUGACUAUUUAAAUAUGUUUUACUUACUGGAUCUCUUGGUCCACAGAGUUGUCUGAACUCACAAACACAAUUUAUAUUAGGAUUAUUGCAUUUAACUUCUAAAGCAACACAUUUUCCUUCUGCUAAAUGUAUAGACAUAGCCUUAAAAUAACAAUUAGUGUACUAAUGGUAAAAAUAAUAAUUAGUACCUACAGGUUGUAGUAGUGUUCUCUAGAACAGUAACAAAAAAUAAAAUAAAUAAGUAAGCUCUCCUUAUUAUCAGCAUACACUGAUAUUUUUGAA